AUGUGGGAAGCUCAAUCCGAUUGGUACUCCCCAACUCGCCUGAACAUGAGCCCAAAUACCCAGUACGAAUUUCCGGGUGAUCGGUUCAUACCCAAUAGGAGUUUGAUGGAUCUUGAUCAAGCCCAGAGCUUAUUGACGGACCGAACUAUACCGAAUCAGAACUCGAAUUUCAAUGAGGCAUACAGAAAGAUAUUGCAGGAUCAACUGACUCUGGAUUCAGAAGGGAACCCUUUUAAGAUGUUGGUUUUUAGGGGAAGUCCAAAAUCUAAUAGAAAACCGAUUCGUUGUGUUGAUGAGAUACGCUGGAGUGAUGAAUUUGAUAGUAAUGUCAGACCUAUUCAGCUUCGGAGUUUACCAAAGGGAGAAAGUAGAAUUCUGGAUGCACCAAACAUGAGAAAUGACUUCUACAUGAACAUCAUGGACUGGGGCAAGAACAAUGUUCUUGCAGUCGCUUUGGGCCUCGAUUUAUACCUCUGGAACUCGGACACAGCAAAUGUACGUAACCUGUUUCAUGUCAAUGAGAAUGAUCACCCUACAAGUUUAUCAUGGUCUCAAGAUGCCAAAUAUUUGGCAGUUGGAUAUCAGGGCUCAAAAAUCCAACUGUGGGAUGCUGAGGCUUCGAAGCUGGUUAGAAGUCUAAAAGGCCAUCAUAGAAGGGUAGCGACUAUUGCAUGGAAUGGUAACACAUUAACAUCAGGCAGUCGAGACCGGUCCAUUAUUAACCAUGAUGUCAGAGCAAGAAACAAUGUGACUUGCCAUUUACGUGCACACUCUCAAGAAGUCUGUGGCUUGAAAUGGUCGGAAACAGGCAAUUUAUUGGCAAGCGGUGGCAAUGAAAACCUCUUGUACAUUUGGGAAUCCUCAAAGAUGAACUCAUCGAAAUACUUGUAUCGUUUCAAAGACCAUUGUGCCGCAGUGAAGGCACUUGCUUGGUGUCCUUAUCAGUCUAGUGUACUCGCCUCUGGAGGAGGCACUGAAGAUGGGUGCAUUAAGUUAUGGAAUACGCAAAAGGGGACCUGUAUCAACACCAUUGAUACCAACUCUCAGGUCUGUGGAUUGGAGUGGAACAUGCAUCACAAAGAGAUAUUGAGUGGCCACGGUUAUAGUCCGAGCGAGCACAUCAAGAAUCAGCUAUGCCUCUGGAGAUAUCCUUCCAUGGAAAAAGUGGGGUACUUGAAACGCCACACCUCCAGAGUCCUUCAGCUUUCUCAGAGCCCUGAUGGGUUAACUGUAGUAUCAGCUGUUGCAGACGGGACUCUUCGGUUUUGGGAUAUAUUUGGACCCCCUUGUGCUGACAAUUUAAGGCUCUCAGCUCUGGAUAGUUUUUUGUCUAAUAAAACUUCUUUAAUAAGAUGA